AUGUCACUCUCUACCCCGGCACAUACGCCCCAGAGCGGCCUAAUUCUCGCGGUCAACGCUGGCUCUUCCUCACUCAAAAUCUCACUUUUCCACCGCGUCUCGGACAUAGCGCCUGAAAAGGGGUCCACUCACGACGUUGUGUCUCUCCUGCUAAACUCGAAUGUCUCGAAUAUCUCUGCUCCUCCCGCGUCUUUCACCUUCUCCCUCGUUUCGCACCGGGAGGGCCGUGAGGCGAACAAGCAGCCCGUCGAGUCUAUCAAGGACCACGCAACCGCGUUCUCUCACUUUCUUGACUACCUCAAAGAAGAGGCGAGCAUUGACCGCACUGAAAUUGUGCACGUAUGUCACCGUGUUGUCCAUGGCGGCGACUACUUGGAGCCUGUCGUGAUCACGGAGGAGAGCUACCACCAUAUCGAGACGCUGUCGGAUCUCGCGCCGCUACACAAUGGUGGAGCAUUGUCGGUCAUGGAAGCGUGCAUCGUGGCCCUACCUAGAGCCAAUUCAAUUGCGUACUUCGACACAUUGUUCCACCGACCCAUCCCGGAACAUAUCGCCAGCUAUGCCAUCCGCCAGGACAUUGCAAAGAAGCGGGGCCUGAAGAAGUACGGCUUCCAUGGGCUGAGUUACUCGUAUAUCCUCGAGGCAGUCAGCCAGUAUCUGCAGAAGGACCCGUCCGAGAUGAACCUGAUCGUGAUGCACCUCGGUUCGGGCGCAUCCGUCUGCGUGAUCAAGAACGGCAAGGCGUAUGACACGACGAUGGGGCUGACGCCCCUGAACGGGCUGCCGGGCGCGACGCGCAGCGGGACAGUGGACCCGUCGCUUAUUUUCCACUAUACGAAUCGCGCGGGGCGCAUCACCCACGACCGGCGCCUGGCGGUGGACGUGCACGUCACGUUGGCGGAGGACAUUCUCAACCGCCGCGCGGGCUGGGCCGCGCUCACGGGCACCGCGGACUUUGCGGUCAUCGUGCGCAAGAUGAAGGAGGCUGGCCCGGACGCGAGCGGCGGAUGGGACGGCGAACAGAAGUAUCGGCUAGCAUUCGAUCUGUUCGUCGACCGCAUUGUUGGGUACCUCGGCUCGUAUUUUGUCAAGCUUCGCGGGAAGGUUGACGCGCUUGUGUUUUCGGGCGGGAUUGGCGAGCACAGUGUGGAGCUGCGCGAGGAGGUUGCCAGGAAGGUCGCAUGUCUUGGGUUCGUGAUAGACGAGAAAGCUAACGCGGAGGUGGGUUCAGGCGACUGGGUUGUCGCUGAGGUUGGCGCGAACCACGAUGAUGGGAAGCGGAUGCUCGUGUGUCAGACUGAUGAACAGCUUGAGAUGGCGAAGGAGUGCGCGCUCGAAAGUCGGUUCUGGGAGCAAGUGCUUAACUGA